AUGUACCAUUUCGUUCGCCACAAGAUCUCGCGCUUCGCGUGGGAGGGCCCCUGGCGAACCGUGCAAGGCGAGAGCCUCGUGCUACACCAGGAUAGUAACGCGAGCUUCACUGUAUCGGAUGUGCCUGUAUUGGAAUACGCCGCCGCAGUCUCGACGAGCUUCGUGCUGCACGCGACGGACGGGCUUCUGUUCCCCCCCACCACCCGCGCGCACCUCACUCGCGCCCAGGGCCCCGCGCCGGGGACAGCUCCGCUGGCGGAGGCACGCGCCGCGGCGGCGGCGCAAAGUGUGGGCCUGUCGACGGGAGGAGGGGGGAGCGGAGCAAGUGCAAGCGGCGAGGAGUCGUCAUUGGAGGACGACAGCGAGGAGUACGCGGAGGACUACGAGGAGGAUGUGUGGCGGCGGGCGGCGCUCCAGCAGUACGACUCGCUGUACCUCUACGCUCCUGCUCCCGCGCCCUCCGCACCAUCAUCCUCCUCGGGAGCCAUCGCGGGGAUUGUGGUGGGGUGUGUGGCGGGAGUUGCCAUGGUUGCUGCACUCCUCUAUUACCUGCUUGCUUCCACCCACAACAAGCACAGUCCCUUCGGGUCACUGGAAGGUACGAGGCAGUUUCCUGUCCGUCCGGGGUUGAUCCCAUCCCAUGGCACCUAUGGUCGCCACGCCACGCCACUGCCUUCGUUCCGCACGCACUUCCAACCACUUCUGCCUUCUCUCUUCUACCGACUCUUUCUGUCGUUUCCUCCCCAAUCAACCCACUCUGCCUCGUGCAUCGUGCCUCCCAUCUUCAAUGCCACAGAGAACUGGGCGGAGGAGCGCAUGAUAGGCCGAGGGGGCUUCGGCAACGUGUACCGUGCCGUGGACCCCAGCAACCCCCACGUGCACUGGGCUGUCAAGCGCGCCACCAUUGCCGUUCAGACUUUCACACAAGAGGUGGAGGUGAUGGCGUGUAAGAGCCACAACAACCUGGUGCAGCUGCUGGGCUACUGUGUGGAGACCGUGGAGGCCACCAGGUGGACGGAGCAGAUCCUCAUCUACCGCCUCAUGCCCAACGGCAGCCUCGAGCGCUGGCUCGCCACGCACCCCGCCAGAACACUCACCCUCACGCAGCGCUUGGAUGUGCUGAUCGGCGCGGCGCGCGGGGUGGAGUACCUGCACAGCUUUCGCAUCAUGCAUCGCGAUAUCAAGCCCGCCAACAUCCUGCUGGACGAAAACAUGCAGGCCAAGGUGGCGGACUUUGGGCUCGUGCGCGUGAGCGAGGGCACCGCUGUGCACUCCACGCGCAUUCAGGGCACGCCGGGCCGCGUGGACCCUGCUUACUCUCGCACCAGCAAGGUCACUACUGCGUCUGACGUGUACAGCUUUGGGAUUGUGAUUCUGGAGGUCAUUGCUGGGCGGCUAUUGCCGCCCGACACAGUCAUGAACGACAGUCACAUCAUAUAUUGGGCUAAGAAGGCGCUAGAGACCAAUGAUCUGUCGCGCCUCAGGGAUGCGAACCUGCACCCGCCCGUGCCUGACGACAUCCUGCUGCGCGUUGUGCAACUGGCCGUGCGCUGCACGCUUGAGGAAACUGCUAGCCGCCCCAACAUGUGGCAAGUGUGCAGCGAGCUCAUAGGCAUCCGUGAGGAAUGCUUUGGCGCGGGCGUGAACAGAGCGGCGCACAGGGUGGAUGAGGAGCUGCGCUGGCAGCAGGCUCAGGUGCAUGUUCCACUGGAUGACCAGCUGGACCUCAUCCGGCAGAUGGGCUGA